UCGAGUUGUAGAUUGCGAGAGAUUGAGGCUUGAAACCAAUUAGCAGCCAAAUUGUGUUGUAGCUUUGCGAGAGAGGUACAUCGAGCGUGGUGCAUAUCGAUGGGGAGAGGGAGGAAGUCCGUGCUUGCGUCCCUAUUUGGUUGGACGAAGAAGCAGGGCUCAGGCGGGAGGCAAGAGGAGGAGGCGGCGGCGGGGAGGCAGCAGCAGAUGUAUUACCAGGGCAGGAGGGUGCGGCCUAGCGACGACGACGAUUACUACGGCCGGCACUGGUACGCCGAGCGCGACAUCAACAGGAGGGCCUCUGAGUACAUCGAGAGGGUGCACCGCGGAAUGCUCGCCGACGAACAAGACGAGUAGGCCGGCCGGCGUCUGUGCGUGCGUGCGUGCGUGCAUGGAGACUCAUGCAUUUCCGGGGUCGCUGUUAGCCAUACAUGAAUAAGCAUGAUUCACUGUGCACUGUUGUGUGUGUGGUUGUUUAUUCGAUUGUUGGAUUGGUCGUGUUGUUUUGUUGUUUCUAUGUGUAAUACUGUAAUAAUCUAGUACUAAAUCCAGUGUGUGAUAAUUAA